GUUAGUCAAAUCAAAUCCAACUAGGGCAUUUUACUUAAUCUGCAGAUAAACAUCGGCUGUACAACAUGCGCAAGCCUUCACUGUGACUCGAAACACUCUUAAACUCGGAUUUGCAUCAGUCUUCCUCCCAAGGCGUUAAGUUUCACCCGACGAACAAAUAAAAUGGGCGAGUGUCGAUGUCAGUCGUAAGGGCAGUGCGUGUGUUUGUCGAUGUUCAGGAGAAUGUUGUUCACCGGACAAAAUGAAUGGAUUUAAUUUUAACUAGAUGCUGGCAGGUUGAGGCACAAGGGUAAAGUGACACAUUUAACGGCGGAAGAGGAAAGAAGCGUAACUAUUUUCCAAGCUUCGAGAUUUUUUACAUAGGUGGUCUCGUAAUGUCCGAUUUGGGAAGCGGAGAUGAUGGCAUCUCAGGAUCAAAAUAUAAUGUUGCAAAUAUGGAAGGUACCUCAAGUAGGAACGAGUUCGAUUCUUCUGCAAAAGGAGGAAGCGGCGUCGAACAGGAAUUGGCUACGAAAAUGCUGCAAAUACAAUCUAAACGAUUUUAUUUGGAUGUAAAACAAAAUAGAAGAGGCCGUUUUAUAAAGGUUGCAGAGAUUGGCGCCGAUGGUAGACGAAGCCAAAUUUAUUUGGCUCUUUCAACUGCAGCCGAAUUUCGUGAUCAUUUGUCGUCAUUUAGUGAUUACUAUGCUUCUCUAGGUCCACCAAACACCGACAAUUUACCAGAAGAUGGUAAACUUAAAUCUGAAAUGAUGAUAAAAGAUUAUCGAAGAUAUUACUUGGACUUAAAGGAAAAUGCGCGUGGCCGAUUUUUACGGGUAUCGCAAACAAUAACAAGAGGCGGGCCUAGAUCUCAAAUCGCGUUACCGGCCCAAGGCAUGAUCGAGUUUCGUGAUGCUCUUACAGAUUUGUUAGAAGAGUUUGGAGCAAAUGAUGGAGGCAGGUUCAAAGGAGAUUUACCGGAAGAGCGCCAUAUGAAGGUCGAUAAUAAAAAUUUUUAUUUUGAUAUCGGACAAAAUAAUCGAGGAGUUUACAUGCGGAUAAGCGAAGUGAAAAAUAACUUUCGCACUUCGAUAACUAUUCCGGAGAAAUGUUGGAUACGCUUUCGAGAUAUUUUUAAUGAUUAUUGCGAGAAAAUGAAAAAAUCGUCCGACUCAAUUACUGCCGAAAUUAAUUUACCGACAUCGUCAACUAGUCUUAAAUAAACAACAUGCCGUGAUUUAUUCAAUCAUAUAAGAAGGCGCAAAAAAAAAAUAAAUGUCGAUUGACCAACCAAUACCAAUAUAUGUAAAGCUUGUUAUGUCUGACAUAACUAAACUCAAAAUCUUGCGACUAAUUAAGCUUAAAUGACAUUCAAAUAUGUUUAUUUUUUAGCAUUUUGCUAAAUAUGUUUUAGUAUUAUAUAAUUUUGUAAUGAAAAAACAUUCUAAAUUUCUGAAUGUUUGCCUUUUACUUAGUAAAAAUAAUUUUUAAUUUA